AUGGGCCCCUGUACCGCCUCCUCAUGCUGCUGCCAGGCCCGUAAUCUGUCAUGGGCCCCUGUACCGCCUCCUCAUGCUGCUGCCAGGCCCGUAAUCUGUCAUGGGCCCCUGUACCGCCUCCUCAUGCUGCUGCCAGGUCCAGAGUGUGUCAUGGGUCCCUGUACGGCCUCCCAUUGGGCUGCUGUCUCCAUCGCCACACUCUGCCAUGUGUCCACUUUCAGGUCUCCUCACACUGCUGGUGGGUUCCAUUUUGUCCUAGGGUGCUGGCAGAUUACGGGCCUCCCAUUGCUGCUGCCAGCCCGUAAUCUGCCAUGGGCCCCCGUACCGACUCCUCAUGCUGCUGCCAGGCCCGUAAUCUGUCAUGGGCCCCUGUACCGCCUCCUCAUGCUGCUGCCAGGCCCGUAAUCUGUCAUGGGCCCCUGUACCGCCUCCUCAUGCUGCUGCCAGGUCCAGAGUGUGUCAUGGGUCCCUGUACGGCCUCCCAUUGCUGCUGUCUCCAUCGCCACACUCUGCCAUGUGCCACUUUCAGGUCUCCUCACACUGCUGGUGGGUUCCAUUUUGUCAUAGGGUGCUGGCAGAUUACGGGCCUCCCAUUGCUGCUGCCAGGCCCGUAAUCUGCCAUGGGCCCCGUACCGACUCCUCAUGCUGCUGCCAGGCCCGUAAUCUGUCAUGGGCCCAUUGUACCGCCUCCUCAUGCUGCUGCCAGGUCCAGAGUGUGUCAUGGGUCCCUGUACGGCCUCCAUUGCUGCUGUCUCCAUCGCCACACUCUGCCAUGUGCCACUUUCAGGUCUCCUCACACUGCUGGUGGGUUCCAUUUUGUCAUAGGGUGCUG